CCUCUUGAUUCAGAUCUUCGCCCCAACGUUUCCGAUUCAUAAAUCAAAUUUCUCAGAAAUUUCUCUCUCGAUCUGUCUCUCUCUCUUAUUCCCAGAUCGCCAUCACCAUGCCAAUGGCCGCUCUCUCUCACACUCAUGUUCUUCAGAAUCCUAAUCACCACAUCAACAACUUCGCCACCAACAACAAUCUUUCCCUCGUCACCUCCAUACGCCUCGCCGCCUCCGUCAGACCAAUCUCUAUCAAAUGCGCCGCCGUGUCGUCCACCACCCAGACUAGCGACCGUCCGCCAGCUCCGACCUCAUCCCAGGAUCGUGUCUUCAACUUCGCCGCUGGACCCGCCACCUUGCCGGAGACCGUGCUCAAGAAGGCGGAGUCGGAGCUCUACAUAUGGCGCGAUUCAGGCAUGAGCGUGAUGGAAAUGAGCCACAGGGGCAAGGAUUUCCUCUCUAUAAUCCAGAAGGCGGAAUCAGAUCUACGCGCCCUUUUAGAUAUUCCGCCGGAAUAUCAUGUUCUGUUCUUGCAGGGCGGCGCCACCACACAAUUUGCCGCCGUGCCGUUGAACCUCUGCAAGUCGGAUGAUCAGGUUGAUUACGUAGUCACUGGAUCGUGGGGAGACAAAGCAUUCAAGGAGGCUCAGAAAUUCUGUAAACCCAAUGUAAUCUGGUCUGGUAAAUCCGAGAAGUACACCAAAAUUCCAUGCUUCUCCGAAUUAGAUCAACUUCAGAAUCCGCACGCAAGGUAUUUGCAUAUAUGUGCAAACGAGACCAUUCAUGGUGUUGAGUUCAAGGAUUACCCAACCCCAAAGAAUCCGAAUGGUGUUUUGGUCGCUGAUAUGUCUUCAAAUUUCUGUUCCAAACCUGUGGAUGUCUCUCGAUUUGGUGUGAUCUAUGCUGGGGCUCAGAAAAACGUUGGGCCAUCUGGGGUGACGAUUGUGAUCAUCAGAAAAGAUUUGAUCGGAAAUGCUCAGGAUAUCACUCCGGUGAUGCUUGAUUACAAGACACAGGUUGAGAACAGCUCGCUGUACAAUACUCCACCUUGUUAUGGAAUUUACAUGUGUGGUUUGGUGUUUGAGGAUCUGUUGGGGCAAGGAGGUUUGAAAGAGGUGGAGAAGAAGAACAAGAAGAAGGCUGAGAUUUUGUACAAUGCCAUUGAUGAAAGCAGUGGGUUUUACAGAUGCCCAGUUGAAAAAUCUGUGAGGUCGUUGAUGAAUGUUCCAUUUACACUGGAGAAAUCAGAGUUAGAAGGUGAGUUCAUCAAGGAAGCAGCCAUUCAGAAGAUGGUUCAGCUCAAGGGACAUAGGUCGGUGGGUGGGAUGCGAGCUUCUAUAUACAACGCAAUGCCUUUGGCUGGAGUUGAGAAGCUGGUGGUUUUCAUGAAGGAAUUUCAAAGCAGGCAUGCCUGAAGCAAGUGAUAGUAUCUCCCUAAGAAUCAUGUCUUUGGGAAUUUUUGGCUUCUUUGAGCAGGUUUUUUACUUUUUAGUUUAGUCCUUUAUUGCUGAGAUUGGGAUUGGUAUGCCGCCAGACCAUAGCUUAAGUGAUAAGAGUAACAUGGGCGGGUUGUCAAUAAUGUUAUGUUUAAUGGCUAGAGAUGUAAAAAUAAAGAAAAUGGGCUUGGCAUCUUACCACUUUCUGAGACGAUUUCAACUCAGUCAUGAAGGAAAAGUGUGCAAGUUCGCUUGUUAAUUUA